CCAGAGGAGCAGCAGCUAUCAUACUUCGGGGUCACUUUACACAUUCCCUUUCUUUCUGGCUGUGUUGCACUGCAAAGGAGAAAUAAAGAAGCCAAGAUGAUGCAAAUGUAUUUCUACUUCUCCGACAAGGUGGUACUUUUGUUUGACUUCUGGAAUGUCCACACCCCUGCAGGGAUGGUGCUCUCGGUGCUGGUGGUUCUGCUGCUAGCAGCAUUGUACGAAGCCAUCAAGAUCAGCAAAACCAAACUCCUUCGCCAGACGAUACUGGCCAUCCCCACCACCCUCAGUCAGGAAUCACUCGGGGAGCCGGAGACAGGGUCUGUCAACUCCAACCUGGGUCAGCAAAACACCACCUCAAAAAGGUGGUUUCUUUACCACAUCAGCCAGAGCCUGCUCCACGUGGCCCAGGUGGUGAUCGGUUACCUGGUGAUGCUGGUGGUGAUGUCCUACAACACUUGGAUCUUCCUGGGGGUGAUCGUGGGUUCCGCCCUGGGUUUCUACCUGGCUUACCCGGUGUUCACCGCGAGAUAGCGG